UUGUUUCCAUUUUUUUAUUAUUAUUAUUAUUAUUAUUAUUAUUAUUUCUAAAUAAAAAUGGGUUCGGAAAUGGAGGUGGUGUUGAUGAGGAGGAACGAGGAAUUGGAAAAGGAAUUGAAGAAGAGUGUAGAGAGAGAGGAGAAGAUGAGGGCGGAGCUGGAGCGGACUUCACGGCGGCUUCGGGUGGCGGAGGACGCAGAGGAGCGGCUCUGUUCGCAACUCGGCGAGCUUGAAGCCGAAGCCGUCGAUCAGGCAAGGGAGUAUCGUACUCGCGUUUUAUCACUCAUGGAUCAACUCGCCGCCGCCCAGACGCUACUCAUCUCCUCAUCGCAUUAAUAAUAAACAAAUUAAUUAAUACAAAAUAAUUAAAGAUGCGAUCGAUCGGAGAUACAGUUUUUUCGUUGCUUUUUUUAUUUAUAUAUGGGAAAUUUAUAGAAAUCAAGUUAACCAGAUGAAAAAAAAAAUCUAUUGAUUUGGGGUUUGUAAUUGUUCCAUGUGGUUAUUGUAACAUUUGUAUAAUUAAUUGUGUGAAUUCAUAUAUAUUUAUUUAAUUGAUUUUAAAAGUUGUAAUUUUUAUUCACUUCUAAUUUAAAUUGUAAUUAUAA